CUCAAUAAUGAGCGACACCCUCUUACUCACCCCGGUCAAUCGCUGCCCCACGUCGCCGCACUGCUUGAUCUCACAACUUACAACCUCCUCCCUCACAUCACCACACAAUGAGCACCAAAGACUCACCAAACCCCAAAAUGCCUUUAAUAGAAGCUCGAUCACUCGUCGCAUCAUUCUCCCGAGCUCUCACAUCCUUCCAAUCAUCUCAAGACUCACUCCGCAUCCUCUGCACUCUACCCCACACUUCCAAUGUCCCCGCGCCGCGCCGACCAACCCGCCCGCUACAGAAUCUUGUGAUUCUAGACUCAAGCUUCAAUCCGCCAACGUUAGCGCACGCAAGCAUGGCACGUUCUGUGUUGAGAUUAGAAGGGGAGAAGAGGUUGAUGUUGCUUCUUUCGGUGAAUAAUGCUGAUAAGGCGCCGAAGCCGGCGAGUUUUCCUAUCAGAUUGAGUAUGAUGGAAGCGAUGGGACGGGAGUUACUUGAUGAGGGUGUAGAGAUCGAUGUUGCGGUUACGACGAUGCCUUUCUUUCACGAUAAGGCGAAAGCGAUAGCGGAGUCAGGGUUUUAUGCUACACAAGAUGGAGAUCAACCAACACAGACGUUCCUCGCGGGCUUUGACACGAUAGUCCGCAUUUUUAAUCCAAAAUACUACGGCGAAGGAAUUCAAAACGCACUGGGACCAUUCUUCGAGAAGUGCAAGGUGAGAGUUACGACAAGGCCGGAUGAGACGUGGGGAGGAGUCGAUGAGCAGAGAGCGUGGUUGACGAAGGAGAGGGUGAGGGAUGUUGGAGGUGAAGAGGCUUGGGUUGAGAGGGUGGAGUUGGUUGAGGGAAGGGAAGGCGAUGGCGAUGUGAGCAGUUCGCAGGUGAGAGAAGUUGUGAAGAGUGGUGAGGGGAGUUUGGAUGGGCUGGUUGGAGAGGAGGUGAGACGGUGGAUCGAGAGGGAGGCUUUGUACAGAGAUCGCGAUGAGAGUUUGUAGUGCUGUGUCCGAUUAGCCGCUGACGUUCGGCGAUCUCAUAACUUAAAUUCGAAGUUUUAUAGAUGCACCAGGAAGCUCAUGAGCAUUUGCUGGAAAUCGUAUGCUCACAUUAUAUUGUUGUUUCCUGGCCUGGGCGUUUCUCUGGAGCACAGGCACUGCAGGGUAGAGAGGACAAGCCAGAAGUCAUUUCAGCAACACCUUGCUUUGCGACUCAACACCAGUUUAUAAGAUCCUGU